UUGAAGGUCCAAACGAGCCAAAACACAUGUUAAUUUGCAUAAAACCGCUCCAAAUUUAGCUUACUUCGCUUCUGACCUUUUGUUUGGACGUUUCGCUCCCAAACGUUGUGCAACUUAGCAGGUAGCGUUACUUCACCGGCCUCUAUAUUUCCCCUCGUAAACACCAGCAUGGAGGUUGGAGAUAAGCUGAAAGAACUGAACAUGUCAGUGGAGGAAAUGGAAAGGUUGACAAAAGCUUUCAAAGACGAGAAGUUCAGGAAAUUGUUGCGCGACUACGCCCAAGAAUUAGCAGACCCCGAGAACAAGAAAAGGUAUGAAGAAGAGAUCAAACUUUUGGAGCAGGAGAGGGGGAACACGAUUGAAUUUGUCCACCCUGAACCAUUUAAGGCUCUCAAGACGAGUGUGAACGGCAAACAGAAGUGUUUUAUCAAUAUCUGCGCCAAUGAAAAGGUCGGCAAGCCCGAAAGUAAAUGGGGGGUCUCGGAGGACGGCCGCAGGGGACAGUGCUGGUCUCUGCCUCACAGUCUUCACCCCGGGAGGCAAGACACAGAUGCAAAGGGGAACAAGACCGUGGUCUAUGAUGUUAUCUUCCACCCUGACACUCUUUACAUUGCAAGCAAAAACACGAGAUUCAUGGAUAUGGUGGACAGCACAGCCAUUCAGGGUAUACAGAAAGCUUUUAAAGUGACUCUGGAUAACAAUGUGAGCCAGAUGAGAACAAAAUAUAAAGGCAUCCCGCAGCCUUGUGUCAUCCGAAAACCCAUACCUGGGUAUAAAACCAAGGAGCUCUCAGAGGAGCCUGACCCUCUCGCAUUUCCAUACCCAGAUGACAGAGGACCUACUGCAUCCUUGCAAACCAAGCCUACUGAAACACCUGCAACAGAAAACAGCAGUGAUGCUACACCCAGAAGCUUCCAGGUCCAGCCUCAGAAAGUUGAGCAGCCAACCCAGCCAAACUACACAGUAAAAUAUCGAUCUUUUAUUGAUCUACAGGACUUCAGGUGUUCUAGAGACUCGGCCCAAAGCCCCAGGCCCAAAGAGAUAGUUGUCACCAUCAACAUGCCACUCCUGAAGGUGGUCGCGGACGCCAGCCUUGAGGUACAAGAGGGAAGGCUGCUGCUGGAGACCAAGAAACCAGCCUACAGACUGGAACUGCCCUUAGCCUACCCUGUAGCCGAAGAUAAAGGAGAGGCCAAGUUCGAUAAACAGAGAGGACAGCUUACGGUUACAUUGCCUGUUCUUCCUUCUAAAGAAGCUUUUGAUUAUGUUUUUGGGCCUCUUGAGACUGGUGUUCGUGAUAGUGAGAGGCAGGAGGAUAAACACAAGGUGGAAGAGGAUAAAUGGGAGCACAAGGUGGGGGCUGGCCAGAAAAGUGAGGAGGAGGAGCAAAGAGGUUUUGAGGAGGAAGGAGAUACUGAAGAGGAGGAUGUGAAGCAGCAGACAUGUGUGGAGAAAGAUGAAGAAGAGGAAGAAAGCAGUUGGGAGAAAGGAGAGGAGCAGAUGAAGGGAGGCCAGGAAGGUGUGGCGGGGGUGGAAAGGGUAGCGGGGGAGAAGGGAGGAUGGGGGAAGCACGAGAGGGAAGGGGAAAAUGGUGAAGAAGAAAUUGGAGUGGAGGAGGCAUUAAGAAAAGGCAGAGAAAGUGUGGAGGAGGAGAACUUAAAGGAGCAGAAGCAGGAGAAUGAGAAAGAAGUUGGAAAAUUUAACCUGCAGAAAAAGCAACAAGGUGAAGAUAAACAGAUGAGUAAAGAUAACAAAUUAAGGGACGAUGGAUGUGACGGAGCAGCGGAGACAAAAGAUUCUGGUGCAGCAAGCUGUCAGUGUAAUACUGUUGACCAGUGCAUGGAUGUUUCUGCAGAAGAUGAAAACUUGUGUGCGGCGUCACCUUUAUUAGAAAUGCAGCCUGUUUUAAUCACCACUGAACAUUCAGGUUGCACAGGAAAAGAGGGAGAAGUAACCCUGAACACUGAAAUGACUUCAGACAUCGAGGAGCCUGAAAAGACAAAAGACACCCUACACGGAAACCUGAAGGUGGAAAAAGAUGCUGCGUUUCUGCAUCACAGAUCCAGUGAGGAAUCUCAGACUGUUGCUGCGUCUUCCACAGCAGCCAACACUCAAUGCCAGGACAGUGUAAAGGACGGCUGCCUUUCCCAGAGGACUGAGGAGCUCGCACCAGAUGAUGCGGACAAGCCAGACAGAGGAGGUCCAGGCAACGGGGUCCGCCUCCUCUCUGAGGAGCUCGCCGAGGGGUCAGUAAAGCCGGGGGAGAGCGUAGACGAAGACGACCUGCCGACAGAGCAAAUCCUCCAAAACCAAGAGCACAACAAGUGGCCGCCUGCGUUGCUGUGGGAAGUUGAUAGAGAUGGAAAUGAAAAGGUCAUCAGCGAUCAUUCCACAUCUGCCGGGUUUGUCUUCCAAAACUCCCUGAUGUACGAGCUGGACUGAGGACUGUGUGCACAGGUUCAGAGAGAGUUUGUUCUCUUGUGUUACAGCAGUUUUGGAUGCAGGUUAUAUCAGUUAUAAAGUCCGUCCAACAGUAUCUUUUACAUUCCUCCCCAGGCUCAGCCUUAACUCACACGAUAAAAAUGACAAGAAAUCAUUUUAAUGUCCCAGAAUAAACUACUUAGGACAACGUAA